AUGGGACACGUGCACAGGUUGAUGCUGGGUUUGCUUCUCGCGACCUGCGCACAUCUGCUCCAGGGUGUCGCUGUCACCAAUCUCACCUCGCCAGCCGGCGUCAUCUUCAUGCUUGGCGACGACGUGGGUUUUGAGUACUUUGACGCGUAUGGGGCCGUGGGCAUGCACACCCCACGAACCACAGAGCUGGCCUCACGAGGCCGCCGCUAUCUCAACUUUUACAGCAAUCCUUCAUGUACGCCGAGCCGAGCCACCAUCAUCAGCGGUCGCUACCCCUUUCGAACCGACAUGAAGAAAAACGGCGCCAAUCGUGACCUCAAGCCCUCCGACUGCGUUGUCGCCCAAGCCAUGCACGACGCUGGCUACACCACGCUCAUGCUGGGCAAGUGGCAGAUGAACCCCGUUGGCACCUAUGAGCGCAUCGUCACCCGCUGUGGCUUUGACUACUACUUUGCCUGGAACAACGACGGCGAGCGCUACUACAACGGCAUUUUCGAAACCAAUGUGCACAACCUAACUCGCCAAUCGUAUUCCACCUACGACUGGAUGUUUCCAGAUUUGUCAAGCAACGGUACUCCUUUGCAAGUAGACCUGACCGACCUUUACUCCCCUGACGUGAUGGAAACCGUUGCCAGCAACUUCAUCCGCGCCAUGGCUGCACAAAAUCGCAAAUUCUUCAUUUACUAUGGCAAUCUUCUCCCACAUGCACGCAUCCGCCCACCGCCCGGCGUCUCCUAUGACUCGCAACAAGAGGGCUUUGAACGCAUGGUGGAGCAUCUCGAUACCAUCGUGGGUCGGCCCUUUCCCGUGAUGGUCAUCGUGUACUCAUUGUUCAAACUUCCCACCCCGCCCCGGAAUGGUUCAUUGACCUGUGAAACGCAGAUCAUGGAUACCCUCGAUACUGAAGACAUAUUUGAUGACACCUUGCUCAUGUUCACGACCGACAACGGAGCGGAGAAUGGUCGAGCCACGGUUUUUGGACCAGAUCUCGUCGUUGCCGAGGGUGCGAAAUUUAAGCUCAAUGAUGGAGGUGUGCGUGUUCCGCUGCUAGUCAGCUGGCCACGCCACAUUCCUGCCAACACCGUUUCAGCUGAGCUGGGCGACUUUGCUGACGUGUUCGAGCGUGAGCUCUACCUCUACCUCUACCUCUACAUCUACAUCUACCUCUACUUCUACUUCUACUUCUACCUCUACCUCUACCUCUACCUCUACCUCUACCUCUACAUCUACCUCUACCUCUACAUCUACUUCUACCUUCACCUCUACUUCUACUUCUACUUCUACCUCUACCUCUACUUCUACUUCUGCUUCUACUUCUUAUUCUACUUCUACCUCCACAUCCAUCUCUACUUCUACCUCUCCUUCGACCUCCACCUCUACCUCCACCUCUACUUCUGCUUCUACCUCUUCUUCUACUUCUACUUCUACUUCUACUUUUACCUCCACCUCCACCUCCACCUCCACCUCCACCUCCACCUCCACCUCUACCUCUACCUCCGCCUCUGCAUCCACCUCUACCUCUACGUCCGUUGA